AUGCCCGGUACACCACUCGAUUUUGUUGAGCGAAUUCGUAAAUACGUGACACAACAAAAAAUGAAAAACAAUCACAGUGACCCUGUUGACAUUUCAUCACGAUGGGGUAUCACAGAGGAUCUCUGGCACAAAGACUACAACCAACUAUCAGGGGGAGAAAUGCAACGAAUUUCACUUGCGAUCGCAUUAUCUUGUAAACCGAAUGUUUUACUAUUAGAUGAACCAACUUCGGCACUCGACCAUCAAACUUGCCUGCUGGUAGAAGAGUCACUUCGUGAGUACGCUUGUAUCUGGGUCACACAUGAUCCCGAACAGGAAAAACGCGUCGCGACAAAAACGUUAAAAUUAGAAAGGCUUGGAGAUAACGCAGUGGUGGCGGAUUCGGUUAAUGAUGUUGCGGUGGCUGUUGAUAUGUAA